AUGCCGCCAGCACUGAUGGAACAAGGUGAAAAUGAAGUUCAGCAGGAUCAAGUGAUGGGAGUGGACGCUCUUGUUGCAGAGGAUCAAAAGAUUCAGGAUAUCGCUACAGCAAAAGGAAAUCGUUAUAACUGCUUGUCCUCUAGGAUCACGGUGAUUCAAGAGCUUCUGAACGAAGAGAGCUGGGGUGGGGGGGAUCAGAAGCUGAGAGGAGCCUCGACAGGGUACCAGGAAGUAUACAACGAGGAUUCAAGUCUUCAUAUAGUCAAAUUUCUGCUUCCAAGCAGCCAAGCUCCCCACCCAAGGGGAAGAUCAAGUUUGGAAUCAGCAGGAAAUCUCAGAGUUCUUCUUCACCUCAGCCUUUGCAUUGUGAAUCUUAGCCUUAAUGACAGCGAGAACGCUCAGAGGGAGAAGAAACUCCCGAACGAGAUCACGUGCUGCUGUAUCAAUAACGUGACAUCUACCUUGGAAUAUCUAGAGAUCCUUGUAGGAUGCGAGACAGGUGAAAUCCUACUGGUGGACGGGAUAAACCUGUCUAUUAUCUCCAAGUACAACACAGGAGGGAAUCUAAACAAUUCACGAGUGAUGGACGUGAAAUGGGUACCGGAUAAGAGCAUGGCAGCAGCCAACGCCUCCACUCCCACCUCCGACUCCUCCAGUUCCAACCUUGAUUCCUCCACCUUCAGCGUUUCCAAGCCCAAGACGAAUAAGAACCCGAUCAGUAGAUGGCACGUAGCCAAGGGUCCUGUAAAUUACAUCUCCUUCUCUGCAGAGAACACAAUGUGCCUUUGCUGCCAUGACGGAAACGCUCGAAUUUUUCAUUAUCCGACAGAGAAGUUGAUCUUUUCCUUGCGGAGUCAGUAUGGAGCGAUCCUGUGCUGCGCUUGGUCGCCCGACGGGAGCUUCUUGAUAACCGGAGGGGAGGAUGACGUUGUUGUCGUCUGGUCUCUUGUGGAGAAGUGUGCAGUAGCGAGAUGCCUCGGACACAACAGCUGGAUCAGCUCCGUUCAGUUUGACCCGGCCUUCUGCUCCAGCUCCUCGAACAGGGAAGGAGGUCCAGCGAGCAAUUAUCGCUUCCUCUCCAUUGCUCAGGAUGGCAGAUUGUGCUUUUGGGACCUCAACGAAGGCAAUCUCAUCAUUUCCAGGAAGCGGCAAGGCGCGCCAAGAAAGAGCACAUCAUUCAUGAUAGAGAAGAUGGCAGCAAGAGCUGUGUCAAACACAGCCGAGACUUUCCUGACAUUCUUGACAGAGGAAGUGGCUUCAAUGGAGCCAAUUAGCAAUACGCUCAUCGCUGCGGAGCCGUUAGCCUCCAUGCAUGUCACACAGGAAGGAAUCAUCACCGUGUCAUACAGCGGUGAGCUCAAGUUGUGGAACCGUCCUUCUACAGGCCCUCCGUCCAACGUGUCGGAGGACGAUUGA